GCGGUGCGGUACGGGUCUGUGCAGCGCGGGGAACUCGUGAAGCAAGGAGGCGCGCGCGGCCUGCAGGCAGACACAUUUGUCCCCUCUGGGUCUGCCCAGCUUUACUGAUCGCGGGGGUGGAGUAAAGGUUUGUUUCUCUCUCCCAGAGUUUCCUCUGAAAUCAACUCUCUGUAGAGCGAAGGUCCAGUAUGGCUCUAUCUCGCCUGUAGCAAUCGCAGUGUGUCCAAAAUGGGCACCAGCACAGAGUUUCUCCGAGACGCGGAGUCUCUUGGCCCUGGAGUUCAUUCUUGUUUUCUCGAUGGAAUGGGCCUCCGAAAUCCCCCAGGACCGUCUCAGUCACUCUUCCACAAAACUGUACAUUUCCUUAAAGAAGGGAUAGUUUUUACUCACCUUUGAUUUUCCCACCAAGUAAUGCCUACACGUACUUUCAUAUAUAGCGUGUUUUCAGUGAUGGUGGUUUCUGUCGUGUGUAGGAGAAUCUUCAAUCACAGCGACACAGAGCAGUCAGCUACCGCUUAGUCUAGAAAUACUUGGGUGGCUUAAAAAUCAUCUUGCUACAGCGUCCACACUUGCAUCGUCUGAAAUCUUUCAAGCUAUGCUUUUCACGAAUUUGCUCCGUCCUCCUGAUGAGGAUUUGAACUUCAUUCUGUCCUGGUCCAGUGGUCAUUUUUCUCUGUCGCCUCCGCCUCCCAGAGAUUGUUUUUCCUGGGGAGAGGCGUCCCCGGGGCUGAAGAGGAGACUGGAGCGAGAGCGGGCGCCUCGGACACUCGAUCCCUCCUCCCGAGCCCGGUGCGUACGCGACGGAGCGGGGUGUGAAGAUGGCGGACGAGGAGGCCGAGCAGGAGAGGCUGAGUCGCGGCGGAGGCGGCUGCGUCGCGGAGCUGCAGCGCCUGGGCGAGCGGCUCCAGGAGCUGGAGCGGGAGCUGCGGGAGAGCCGGGCGCCGGCCGUGGAGGCGGCCACGGAGUACUGUCAGCAGCUGUGCCAGACACUCCUUGAAUAUGCAGAGAAGUGGAAAACUUCAGAAGAUCCCUUACCUUUGCUGGAGGUAUACACAGUGGCCAUCCAAAGUUAUGUUAAAGCCCGACCUUAUCUUACCUCUGAAUGUGAAAAUGUAGCAUUGGUUCUGGAACGCUUGGCAUUAAGCUGUGUUGAACUUCUACUGUGUCUGCCUGUUGAGUUAUCAGAUAAACAAUGGGAACAAUUUCAGACACUGGUGCAGGUAGCUCAUGAAAAGCUGAUGGAGAAUGGCAGCUGUGAAUUGCAUUUUUUAGCUACUCUAGCUCAAGAGACUGGGGUGUGGAAAAACCCGGUACUGUGCACUAUUCUUUCCCAGGAACCAUUGGAUAAGGAUAAAGUGAAUGAAUUUUUAGCUUUUGAGGGUCCCAUCUUGUUGGAUAUGAGAAUUAAACAUCUAAUCAAAACAAAUCAGUUAAGUCAAGCAACUGCUCUAGCAAAGCUGUGUUCUGACCAUCCAGAGAUUGGUACAAAAGGUAGUUUUAAGCAAACUUACCUUGUCUGUCUUUGCACAUCAUCACCAAAUGAAAAGUUAAUCGAAGAGAUUUCAGAAGUUGAUUGCAAAGAUGCACUAGAAAUGAUCUGUAACUUAGAAUCUGAGGGUGAUGAAAAAAGUGCCCUUGUUUUAUGUACUGCAUUUUUGUCACGUCAGCUCCAACAAGGAGAAAUGUAUUGUGCUUGGGAACUCACUCUCUUUUGGAGUAAAUUACAGCAGAGAGUAGAACCAUCUGUACAUGUGUACCUGGAAAGAUGUCGUCAACUUUCUUUGUUAACCAAGACAGUAUAUCACAUUUUCUUCCUGAUUAAAGUUAUUAAUUCAGAGACUGAAGGUGCUGGACUUGCUACCUGUAUAGAACUGUGUGUAAAAGCUCUUCGCUUGGAAUCUACAGAAAAUACUGAAGUGAAAAUAUCUAUUUGCAAGACCAUUUCUUGUUUGUUGCCUGAUGAUCUGGAAGUUAAACGUGCUUGUCAACUGAGCGAAUUUCUUAUUGAGCCUACAGUAGAUGCAUAUUAUGCUGUGGAAAUGUUAUAUAACCAGCCAGACCAGAAAUAUGAUGAAGAGAAUCUUCCAAUACCAAAUUCUCUGCGCUGUGAGCUCUUACUUGUAUUAAAAACUCAGUGGCCCUUUGAUCCAGAAUUCUGGGACUGGAAAACCUUAAAGCGACAGUGUCUUGCAUUAAUGGGGGAAGAAGCAUCCAUUGUGUCUUCAAUUGAUGAACUAAAUGACAGUGAAGUUUAUGAGAAAGUAGUAGACUACCAGGAAGAGACUAAAGAAACUUCUGUGAAUGGACUUUCUGGUGGAGUUGGUGCUAAUUCUGGCCUUCUUUGCGAUGAAAAGCAGAAGAAGAGAGAGAUAAAGCAAUUAAGAGAGAGAGGAUUUAUAUCUGCUAGGUUUCGGAAUUGGCAAGCCUACAUGCAGUAUUGUGUGCUAUGUGACAAAGAAUUUCUUGGUCAUAGAAUAGUACGACAUGCUCAAAAACAUUACAAAGAUGGGAUUUACAGUUGUCCUAUAUGUGCAAAGAACUUUAAUUCUAAAGAAACUUUUGUCCCUCAUGUCACAUUGCAUGUUAAACAAUCUAGUAAAGAGAGACUAGCAGCUAUGAAACCAUUAAGAAGAUUGGGAAGGCCGCCUAAGAUCACAACUACCAAUGAUAAUCAGAAGAUUAAUGCUGUAGCCAAGCAGGAACAGCGGCCUAUAAAAAAGAAUAGUCUUUAUUCAACAGACUUUAUAGUAUUUAAUGACAAUGAUGGUUCAGAUGAUGAAAAUGAUGACAAAGAUAAGUCUUAUGAGCCAGAAGUCAUCCCAGUCCAGAAACCAGUACCUGUCAAUGAAUUUAAUUGCCCUGUAACUUUUUGUAAAAAGGGCUUUAAGUACUUUAAAAAUCUAAUUGCUCAUGUAAAGGGGCAUAAAGAUAAUGAAGAUGCCAAGCGCUUUCUUGAAAUGCAAAGCAAAAAAGUUAUUUGCCAGUACUGCAGACGCCAUUUUGUAAGUGUUACUCAUCUCAAUGAUCACCUACAAAUGCACUGUGGCAGUAAACCAUAUAUCUGUAUACAGAUGAAAUGUAAGGCUGGUUUUAAUAGUUACGCAGAGCUCUUAACCCACCGAAAGGAGCAUCAAGUUUUUAGAGCAAAGUGUAUGUUUCCUAAAUGUGGCAGGAUUUUUUCAGAAGCUUAUUUACUAUACGAUCAUGAAGCACAGCAUUAUAAUACCUAUACUUGUAAGUUCACAGGUUGUGGUAAAGUGUAUCGUUCUCAGAGUGAGCUAGAAAAGCAUCUGGAUGAUCAUAGCACUCCUGAAAAAGCACUGCCUCCAGAAGACCAACUUAAUUCUUCUGGAGCUUCUGUUCAGCUUCCCAAAGUGAAUCAGAACUCAGAAGGGACAACUGAUAAAGAAAGAUCUAUGCUUCCUUCACAAAAUAACGUUGAAAAUACGUUAUCAACAGAUAGAUGUGAUGCUUGGGAUAAAAGCAAUGAAGAAUCAGCUGUGGCCAAACAAGACCAUAUUUCUGCUUCUGAGCUCAGGCAAGCUGAUGAACCAUCGUCAGAUGGUUUGGAAAACCCUGCUACUACUCCUCUGCUACAGGCCAGUGAAGUGGCUGUGUCCAUUAAGGUGUCCCUCAAUCAGGGAAUUGAGGAUAACUUUGGAAAGCAAGAAAACUCAACUGUGGAAGACACUGGAGAAUCACUGGUCACAAACAUACAUACAGUAGUUGAAGAUACUUGUAAUGAUUUGUGUCCAAGUUUCCAGGAGAGAAAAGAACAGGAUUGCUUUAAUGAAGCCCAGAUUACUCAGAAUUCUUUAGUAAAUUCAGAAAUGCUCAAAAUAGGUGACCUUACCCCACAAAACUUAGAAAGACAAGUGAACAACUUGAUGACUUUUUCUGUGCAAAAUCAGACAGGAUUUCAAAACAGUUUGCCAACAUCCAAACUUGAAUGUGGAGGUAAUGUUAAAACAUCAGCCAAUCUUUAUAAUUUACCCCUUAAGACAUUGGAAAGUAUCACAUUUGUUCCACCACAGCCCAAUCUAAGUAGUUCUUUAGGAACUCCAUCAGUGCCUCCAAAAGCGCCAGUUCAGAAGUUCAGUUGCCAGGUUGAGGGAUGUACUCGAACCUAUAAUUCUUCACAGAGUAUUGGGAAGCACAUGAAGACAGCACACCCUGACCAGUAUGCUGCAUUUAAAAUGCAAUGCAAAAGUAAAAAAGGCCAGAAAUCUAACAACUUGAAUGUACCAAAUAAUGGAAAGUUUGUUUAUUUUUUGCCAUCACAGGUGAGCAGCUCUAACAAUGCAUUUUUUACACCACAAACCAAAGCCAAUGGGAAUUCUACUUGUUCAGAUCAGUUGCAGCCCGUCUCAUCAUCCAUUUUUCCAGCUCAGUUAGCCAGUGUAUCAACUCCAUUGUUACCCUCAGUGGAAAGUGUCAUAAAUCCAAAUUUAACUUCUCAGGAUAAAAAUGAACAGGAUGGUAGUAUGUUAUGUUCCCAGAUGGAAAAUUUGUCUAAUACUACCUUACCAGCACAAAUGGAAGAUCUAACCAAAACAGUUUUGCCUUUGAAUAUUGACAGUGGCUCAGAUCCUUUCCUUCCUUUACCUGCAGAAAGUAGUUCAAUGUCUCUCUUUCCUUCACCAGCAGAUAGUGGAACUAAUUCUGUUUUUUCCCAACUGGAAAACAAUACAAAUCAUUUUUCCUCACAGAUUGAAGGAAACACUAAUUCCUCCUUUCUAAAAGGUAAUGUUGAAAAUGCAGUUUUUCCCUCACAAGUAAAUGUUGCAAAUGACUUCAGCAGCACCAGUACGCAACAAUCUGCUCCUGAGAAAGUUAAAAAAGACCGUGGGCGAGGCCCAAAUGGGAAGGAAAGAAAACCCAAGCACAACAAAAGGGCUAAGUGGCCUGCAAUUAUCAGAGAUGGGAAAUUUAUCUGUAGCAGGUGUUACAGGGCUUUUACCAAUCCCAGAUCACUGGGUGGACACUUGUCUAAGCGAUCUUAUUGUAAACCUCUGGAUGGAGCAGAAAUUGCUCAAGAACUUCUACAGAGUAAUGGACAGCCUUCUCUUCUUGCCAGCAUGAUUCUCUCCACAAAUGCAAUAAAUUUGCAGCAGCCACAACAGUCUACCUUCAAUCCAGAAACAUGUUUUAAAGAUCCAUCAUUCCUGCAACUUCUUGCUGCUGAAAAUCGCUCUUCAACAUUUUUACCAAAUACAUUUCCUAGGACUGGUAUGACUAACUUUAAUACAAGUGUUAGCCAAGAAGGAAGUGAAAUUAUUAAACAGGCUUUAGAAACUGCUGGCAUUCCCAGUACAUUUGAGGGUGCUGAAAUGCUUUCUCAAGCUCCAACAGGUUGUGUCUCGGAUGCAGCACAAGUAAAUGCUACAGUGGUACCAAAUCCAGGAGUGCCACCAACCCUGUUGCAGACUGUGUGCCACCCAAACUCCCUGCUGACAAGCCAGAAUAGAACACCAAACUCCAAAACUCCCUCCAUUGAGGAAUGCAGCAGUUUGCCCAUUUUUCCAACAAAUGACUUACUACUGAAGACUGUUGAAAAUGGUUUGUGCUCUAGUACAUUCCCUAAUUCUAGUGGGCCAUCACAAAAUUUUACCAGUAACAGUUCACGUGUUUCAGUUAUAAGUGGUCCUCAGAACACAAGGUCCAGUCAUUUAAAUAAAAAGGGAAACAGUGCUUCUAAGAGAAGAAAGAAAGUUACCCCUCCGCUAAUUGCACCUAAUGCUUCCCAAAACUUGGUAACUAAUGACUUAACAGCAAUGGGACUUAUAGCAAAGAGUAUUGAGAUACCAGCUAACCUUCAUUCAAACGUAAUUCCAAAUUGUGAACCUCAGGCUUUGGUGGAAAAUCUAACACAGAAAUUAAGUAAUGUGGACAAUCAGUUAUUUCUGACUGAUGUGAAAGAAAACUUUAAAACUAAUCUUGAGUCUCAUACAGUGUUAGCUCCUUUACCAUUAAAAACUGAAAAUGGUGAUUCCCAAAUGAUGGCUUUGAAUUCAUGCACUUCAAUAAAUUCUGAUUUGCAGAUUACUGAAGAUAAUGUUAUACAAAACUUUGAAAAGACUCUUGAAAUUAUUAAAAGUGCUAUGAAUUCUCAAAUACUUGAGGUAAAAAGUGGAUCUCAGGGUGUUGGUGAAACAUCACAGAAUGCUCAAAUAAAUUAUAACAUUCAACUUCCUUCAGUAAACACUGUACAAAAUAACAAAUUACCUGACUCUUCUCAGUUUUCCUCCUUCGUAGGUGUUGUGCCGACAAAGAGUAACAUUCCUCAGUCUGAAGUAUUCCAUAAGGAGGAUCAAAUACAGGAAAUUUUAGAAGGCUUACAGAAAUUAAAAUUAGAAAAUGACCUAUCCGCUCCAGCAUCCCAAUGUGUACUAAUAAAUACAUCAGUGACACUGACUCCUGCUCCUGUUAAAGCAAUUCCAAAUGUUACAGUCGUUCAGCCAGUUUCUGAAAUGAUAAAUAUUCAGUUUAUUGACAAAGUUAAUAAACCCUUUGUGUGUCAAAACCAAGGCUGUAAUUACAGUGCAAUGACAAAGGAUGCACUGUUUAAGCACUACGGUAAAAUUCAUCAGUACACUCCAGAGAUGAUACUUGAAAUUAAGAAGAAUCAGUUGAAAUUUGCUCCAUUUAAAUGUGUAGUACCUACCUGCACAAAAACAUUUACAAGAAAUUCUAACCUCCGGGCGCACUGUCAGUUGGUACAUCAUUUUACAACAGAGGAAAUGGUAAAGUUAAAAAUAAAAAGACCUUAUGGGAGAAAAUCUCAGAAUGAAAGUUUGUCAGUCUCACGAAUAACACAAGUAAAAAGACAGCUAUCUAUGAUAGAGGAAAAUAAAAGGGAAUUUCAGUCUGCUAUGGAAUUGGGAGCAAUGAAGGAAAAUGCCUUCAGUAAUAUAGCAGUGAUUCCAGAAAAUCAACUUAUAGAAAAAAAAAGUUCUGAAAAAACAGAAAGUUCUUCGCAAGUGAGUACAGUUACUUCAGAACAGUGUAAUACAAAUUCUCUCACAAACAUACAAACCAAAGGACGGAAAAUCAGGAGACAUAAAAAAGAAAAGGAGGAGAAAAAACGCAAGAAGCCAGUUUCUCAGUCCCUUGAGUUUCCAACAAGAUACAGUCCUUACAGACCUUAUCGAUGUGUUCAUCAGGGUUGCUUUGCUGCCUUUACAAUACAGCAAAACUUAAUACUGCAUUACCAGGCUGUACACAAAUCAGAUCUACCUGCAUUUUCUGCAGAGGUUGAAGAGGAAAGUGAAACUGGUAAAGAAAGUGAAGAAAUUGAAACUAAACAAACUGUGAAAGAAUUUCGAUGUCAGGUGAGUGACUGUUCUAGAAUUUUCCAAGCUAUUACUGGCUUAAUACAACACUAUAUGAAACUUCAUGAAAUGACUCCUGAAGAAAUUGAAAGUAUGACUGCUUCCGUGGAUGUUGGGAAAUUUCCGUGUGACCAGUUAGAGUGUAAAUCUUCCUUUACCACAUAUUUGAACUAUGUUGUUCAUCUUGAGGCAGACCAUGGAAUUGGGAUAAGGGGGAGUAAAACUGAAGAAGAUGGCAUAUACAAGUGUGAUUGUGAAGGCUGUGACCGUAUAUAUGCAACUCGGUCUAAUCUCCUUCGACACAUUUUUAAUAAGCAUAAUGAUAAACAUAAAGCUCAUUUGAUUCGGCCAAGAAGAUUAACAUCUGGUCAGGAAAAUAUAUCAAGCAAAGCAAACCAAGAAAAGACAAAGUCUAAAUAUCGGGGGACAAAACACAGAUCUGGAAAGGAAGGAACCAAAAUGCCUAAGAUCAAACGAAGGAAAAAAAAUAAUUUAGAAAACAAGAAUGCAAAGAUUGUACAGAUUGAAGAAAAUAAGCCUUAUUCUCUGAAACGUGGAAAGCAUGUAUAUUCUAUAAAGGCAAGAAAUGAUGCCUUAUCUGAAUGUACAAGCAAAUUUGUAACCCAAUAUCCAUGUAUGAUAAAGGGGUGUACAUCAGUUGUUACAAGUGAAAGCAAUAUAAUUAGACAUUAUAAAUGCCAUAAAUUAUCUAAAGCAUUUACAUCACAGCACCGCAAUCUUCUUAUUGUCUUCAAACAGUGUUGCAACUCACAAUUAAAGGAAACCUCUCAGCAAGAAGUUGAUAAGAAUGAUGUCAAAGAAUCUGAUACAUGUGUAUCAGAGAGCAGUGAUAACUCAAGAACAACUACAGUUCUACAGAAGGAAGUUGAAAAAAAUGAAAAAGAUGAAAUGGAUGAACUAACAGAAUUAUUUAUUACAAAACUAAUAAAUGAAGACAACACAAGUGUGGAGACCCAAGCUCAUACAUCUUCAAAUGUAAAUAAUGAUUUUCAGGAAAAUAACCCCUGCCAACCAGAAAAACAAAAAGGAAGUAAUUUGAAGAGAGGUAAUAAAGAAAAAAAUGUCUCCCAAAAUAAAAAGAGGAAAGUUGAAAAGGCUGAACCAGCACCAGCAGUUGAGUUAAGUAAUAAGCAUAAAGAAGAAGAAACUGCUGUUGCAAUUCAAACCACUGAGGAGCAUCCUGCAUCUUUUGACUGGAGCUCAUUUAAACCAAUGGGAUUUGAAGUAUCAUUUCUGAAGUUUCUUGAGGAGUCUGCAGUGAAGCAAAAGAAAAAUACUGACAAAGAGCAUUCAAAUAGUGGAAAUAAAAAAGGAUCCCAUUCAAAUUCAAGAAAAAAUAUUGACAAGACUGCUGUGAGUAGUGGAAAUCAUAUAUGUUCUCAUAAAGAAAGUGAAACCUUUGUACAGUUUGCCAAUCCAUCACAGCUUCAGUGCAGUGAUAAUGUAAAGAUUGUUUUAGACAAGACUCUGAAAGACUGCACCGAGCUUGUCUUAAAGCAACUUCAGGAAAUGAAACCUACUGUCAGUCUGAAAAAACUUGAAGUACAUUCAAAUGAUCGAUCUGUGUCUGUUAUGAAAGAAAUCAGUAUGGGCAAAGCCACAGGGAGAGGACAGUACUGAUAACUAAUGUGCUAUAAAUAUGUCAUUUAGAAUUUUAUUUUAAAUAGCCAUCAAGCAUGCUAAAAUUGUGAAACUUUUUCAUUAUUUUUUGUUAUUGACAUGAAUUAACCUGGCCAAAAAAAAAAGGAGGAAAAAAAAAAACACACAUGACAUUUGUCAUGUAAAACUUUUUUUAUCCCUAUGGGACUUGAAGAACAGAAUCAAAACUUAAGUUAUUGUAAAUAUUGAGCUAAACCUCAAAUUUCUAUGAACCAAUUGUCCUUUUCAUGAACUAAAAUGAAUUAUCUAUGAGAUUGAUUUGUUUCACCAAUCACUGCUCAUGUAUAACAGUACUCUUUGUAGAUAUCUUUUUUGUAUAUAUUUAUUAUUGUAAAUCAUUUGCUGCCACCAGCAGUAUGUAAGUCUAAACUAUUAAAUGACACAUUUAUAUUUGGAAUUUUAAUUUUUAACUAAGCAAGUUUUCAAAACUUCUUUUAUUGUUUUAAAUUAAGAAUUUUUUAAACUAAAACUAGAAACUCUGCCAUAGUUCAUUAAUUUUUACAUAAAACAUUUAUUUACAAGAUGAUCUCAAAAUCACUUUUCACAAAGCAGGCACAUUAAUAUCAACACCUUGCUCUGCUUUGUAAACUUGCCAUCCAGGAUUUUAGGGUGGUAUUUAUGUGAAAUUAAAGCAGAUUCUUUAGCAGUUUCCUAUAGCUACAGUCCCCCCACUCCCUAUGCUUCUAAUUGGAUAUAAAUAAUAUGAUUCCAUGAUAUAUAAUGGAAAUGUGAAUAAAGAAUUUACAUCAAAGAUUUUAAACAUUUGGUAUUAUAAAAAAAAAUCCUUUGUGAAUGUGAUAGAAACUAGUAGUGUGGAGCAGUGUAAAUAUUUGAGGUGGUGAUUUGUGAAGUAGCCCAGUAUUGCCUUAAAUAAAAUCACAUUUCAUUUGUUGUUUUAUACAUGUGAUCUUAUAAAGGUUUUUUUUUUCCCC